UCGUGUGACGUGCAUUCGUACAGUACUACAGUGUACAGUGUGCCUAUGCUGAUCAUACAACUCUCAGGGAGAUUUGUCAUUUCAUAAUUUCAUAUGAGAACUAUAAAAGUGCUUCAAAUUAUCGUGUCAGUCCAUCAUCGUCAUUCAUCGAUAGUAUUUAGCAAUCGCAUAUCAAUUGAAAACUCGACGAAGCAUACUCACCUACUCGUAGUUUUAAAUUAAACGCUAACGUGAAUGUCAUUCRCAAUGUUAUACGAAUGUCGGACUUUCUCUCAUGAUAUCAUUCCACUGGAUACAAUAGAAGAGAACGAACAGUCGCCGUUGGCCAUUUCGUAUGUGUCAAUUCAGCAAGUAUAUCACGGAGACCUCAAAAAAUUCUACGUGUGUGUGAAAAAUACACUGUUCCUGAAAGAUGUGAAGUAUGACAUUACCAACUUAAAAAAUAUGUUCUACUCAUCAAUCUCUAGAAAAAAUAAGGUAUACUUGGAUUUCAAAGAGCCUAAGCAAGUGUUGUCGAUAUCAUUCCAAAGCCAGUCAUCCUUAAAGACGUUCUACCAUGAACUUAAAGACACUAUUAUAAUUGCUGAAACUAAUAAACCUCGCCCGCUUAAAGCGGUGUUAAGUGAAAACAAUGUUUCAAAUUGUUUUGAUCUAAGGGCUCUUGAGUUUAUUAAUGUUAAUAGUUUUGAGAACUGUAUAGUAAACUCACAUUUUUUGAAAAAACUAAGUUUAGAAAACUGCAGUUUGCCAAAUAUGCCUGUAGGAAUUGGCCAUUUGCCCAUUAAAUAUUUUAGCUUAUCAGGCAGUAUACUGCCAAGCUCACAGUAUAAUAAAAAUACCUUCUGGAAUUGGACAUCUGUGAACACAAUUUGUAAAACGUUAAAAACAUUAAACAUUGACUUGGUUGGCUUGAAAUCAUUACCAUUUGAAAUUAUGUUCCUGAAAAAUCUACGUACAUUAUCUGCAGCCAAUAAUAAGCUGAAAUAUUUACCAAACUUUAUCAGUGAACUGAAGAAACUCCAACACUUAAAUAUUGCUGACAAUAUGAUAUCAUACUAUCCUAGUAGUUUAACUUUUAGACAAUUUAAUGAAGUCGACAUAUCAAAUAACAUAUUUAAAUUGCCUGAACCUCGAGGUUACAAUAACAUUAUUUCAUAUAUGAAGGUAUUUGGAAGCAUAAAAAAACCAGAUGGUAAUUUAAUUGUAAAACCAUUGAGUCAUUUGUCAUUAUCCUCUUUGAUUGAUAAUUGUGUACCUUUUAAAAGACAAGAUAUACCUCGUUCAAUGUGGCUAUUAUUUGAUGUAGUUGGUCGUUGUUUAAAAUGUAAAAAAUGUAUACUACCAGAUUACUCUAACAUAGGUUAUUAUCAUUCGAAUCCUAACGCAUUAAUUUUAAUGAGAUAUAAUGUACCUCACUCAAUACCAAACCAAUUUUUAGUAUGUAAGAAACCAUGUGUGAUACGUUAACAUAAUUUUAAUGUCUAUGCCAAAUUUAAAUAGAUCCUAAGACUAUACAUUCAAUUUWAAAUUAAAAACUAUUAUUUAUUAUUAACUAAGUAUU